CGCAACACAAAUGCUGCCACUAGCAAUGAGCAGCCUAGCAUCGCUCCUGAGCGAUACUGACCCGGGUGACCCAGACCUUCCGCCAGGAUCACCUCCAACGUAUAAAUUCGAGGGCCCCUGGUUCGCGACACAGUUAUUGCUUGCAUCAUCGAUUGGACUAGUGUCAUUCCUGGUGUUCUCGUAUUUUCGUUCACGAUGGCCAUUGGUAUUCGCUUCACGCACCAAGCUGAAGGGAUUCUCUCCUCACGAAGCUCAUGCCCACUCCGCGUUCUUUGGUUGGAUUUUACCAACCAUUAGAACAUCCGAGUUUACGAUUCUCCAGAUUGUUGGAUUAGACGCAGCGGUGUUACUCAGUUUCUAUAAAACUUCAUUUUACCUGUUCUCUGUAUGUUCCAUCUUUGCGACGGUUAUUUUGAUGCCCAUUAAUUGGAAGAACAACGCAGGAAUUGGCGGUGGUGCAGAUGAUGACGAUAACGAUUGGCCGCAGUGGUCCACUGCGACAUACGACGACCCGUCAUCCCCUAACCGCGACUGGCUCGAUCUUAUCAGCGACGCAAACUCAUACCUCACGGUGCAUUUCCUGUUCACAUACCUUUUCACAAUCCUUGCUCUCUAUUUCCUCUACAAAAAUUACCGACGGUACAUACGUGCUCGACAGCUCUUCUCGUUAGAGCUGGUCCAUUCGAUGCCGGGGCGUACGGUCAUGGUCACCUUGUUACCGCUUCAUCUACGUUCAGAGCGUGCUCUCGCGGAGUACUUCGAGAACAUGGGGUUAAGUGUUGAAAGCGUUUCCGUCUGCAGAGAAGUAACGACAUUAAAAGCUUUGUUGGACGAGCGAACGAAGGCGUUGUUAGAACUGGAGAGCGGCUGGACAAACUACGUCGGUAACCCUAGUGCGGUGGAAUCCUAUGAUCCUUCGGAGAACGUGAUUUCGCAAGUCGAUCCAUCGAUCCUGGAGGGUCAACCCGCCAGAUUGGUUGUCCCUCACCGCAAACGUCCCACUGUUCGACCAGGCUGGUUUUCCGCCAAGGUGGAUGCGCUGGAGUAUCUGGAAGCCAAGUUCAAGGAGGCGGAUGAGAAAGUGAGAAAAUGGAGACGAGUUGGAAAGUUCAAGGCCACACACGUCGCGUUCGUGACCUUUGAAAAAAUGUCCAGCGCGCAAAUAGCAGCUCAGACGGCACACUCUUCGGACCCGUGGCAAAUCAAGACUCGUCAAGCGCCAGAACCACGGGAUAUCGUAUGGGAUAAUAUCGGCACCACCCCAGGUUCACUAUUUGCACGGGAAUUGUUGGUUCUUGGCGCAGUCGGACUACUGCUCUUCUUCUGGGUUCUCCCGAUCACCGCUUUGGCUAGUUUAUUGAGCUAUAAGGAGAUCAAGAAAGUUAUGCCCUGGCUUGGGCAGCUUAUCGACACGAACGACAAAAUUCGAGCGAUCGUCCAGAACUCUCUGCCAUCAGUUGCUAUAAUCACUCUCAAUGCCCUGUUACCGUUCAUCUUGGAGGGUUUGACUUAUUUCCAAGGCUACAAGGCCCGUAGUAUGAUUGAGUACUCGCUAUUGCGCAAAUAUUUCCUGUUCCUUCUUGUGAACGUUGUCUUCAUCUUCCUAUUGGCUAGCACGUACUGGCAACUGGUUCGGGACCUAGCAAACUCACCUGCGAAAAUUCCCGAGAAGCUGGCGGAAGCUCUCCAGAAGGGCCGAGCAAAACACUUCUUCCUGUCCUACGUGAUUCUUCAAGGUUUUGGUAUCAUACCUUUGCAACUGCUCAACCUCGGAGUAAUAAUACCCCGCGUAGUUUUACGGAUUUUCGUGACCAGAACCCCCCGAGAUUUUGCCGAGUUGAACGCGCCUCCUAUGAUCAACUAUGGUGUCGUAUAUCCGCAAGCCAUUCUUAUUUUCGUUAUCACGAUCCUAUAUAGCGUAGUCCAGCCUCUUAUCGUGGUGUUCGGCGCCAUCUACUUCGGGGUGGGAUACCUGGUCUACAAGUACAAGCUCUUGUUUGUCUUUUUCAAGCCAUACGAAUCACAGGGUCAAGCAUGGCCGAUUACCUUUGUUCGACUCAUAUGGGGCAUCGUCAUCUUCCAGGUCUUUAUGAUUGGCAUCCUCACCUUGCGGCAAUGCUACAUUAUGUCUUCCCUUCUGGUUCCGUUGUUGGUCGGUACGGUGGCAUGGUCCUGGUACAUCCAUAGCGCGAUGCGUCCGCUAAGCCACGCAGUCUCUUUGAAUUCUGUGUGUGAAGUGGAGAGAGGCGAGGAAACUGUUGUAACCAGGCUUAGGGAAGAACAUCCAGUGUCACGGUCUCAGAGUAAUUUGAGUCGAAGAAGGUAUGCCCAGAAUGACGACACCCUUUACGUCGCUCCCGAAGACGAAAGAACGGACUAUUCCCAACCACCAAUGGCAAAUUGGUAUUAUGGUGUACUCAAUACUGGAAAACGUCGUUACGGGCACCCUGCGCUGACUGGCGUCCUUCCUGAGCCCUGGCUUCCUUUGAAGAAAGGGCAAAUGCUUGUGAAUGGCCUUCGAAAUGGAGGUUCCAGGGCUGCUGCCGACUCGACACAGGGCAUCGUGCUUAGUCUUCGCAACCGUUAUAGCAUGCUGAGAAACAAGAUUCGGUCGUCCCGUCGGUCGCGUGAUGCUCCCGAUGGUGAGAAUGCCGAGAUGGCUUCACCCGAUGAGGAACGUGGCCACACUUCUGAUAACAGUACCACAAACCCAUGGGCUGGUGCACGCGGUUCCGGGGUUAUUAUGUUACCAGAAGAUGACGGUUGGCUGGAGGAGGAUGAUUCUUCCGGCGAGGACUAUAGCAAUACUAGCCCGCCAUCGGGGGAUGGUCAAGGUAACGUAUCACAGGAGGACCUUGGCAUGUCCGAUGACCACCCACCUUCUACUCCGAUGACUCCGUCGCCUCGGCGCCGUCACGCAACGUACUACCACCACCCUGAUCGUCGCCGGGCGACUUUGCCUGGUGCCUUUCCACAGUCGUGACCAAAGGCAGAUAUGCGACCUCUAGCUUAUGUUCCUGUUAUUGUUCUACCAUACGCGUUAUGUUACUCUGGUUUCCAAGUACCCGAGAAUCGGACAAGUCAUGAUGAGAGUUGUGGAUCACCAUGUACAUAAAAGGCAUUGCAC